CUUGCAUCAUUUUCCCCCAAAAUAUUCAUUUUAUUUUUUAUUUUUUAUUUUUUUGUAUAUCCCAUCCACAUGGCCCUCUGUCCCAUAACCCAUUGCAAUAAAUCCCCGUUACCCCUUUCCCUCCUCUUUCUCCCUCCGUUCUGACCCUCAGCGAUGUGGGAUUACUGUGUGAAAUGAUGAGUCUCCUCUUUCGAGCUUUGAUCAUUUCAUUGGCUCUUGUCGUCACUGUAAACCCAUGUUGCGCCCUAACUAGAGACGGUGUGCUGUUGCUCUCUUUCAAGUACGCUGUGCUGAACGACCCACUUAACGUCCUCGCCAACUGGAACUACACUGACGAGUCCCCGUGUUCGUGGAACGGAGUGUCGUGUUCAACAAACGGCACGGAGUUCCGCGUGACUUCGUUGUCGCUUCCGAAUUCUCAGCUUCUGGGUUCGAUCCCCUCCGAUCUGGGCUCCAUCCAACACCUUCAAAUUCUCGACCUUUCCAACAACUCCCUCAACGGCUCUCUCCCAGCCUCGCUCUCCCAAGCCUCCGAGCUUCGCUUCCUCAACCUCUCCAACAACCUCAUAACGGGGGAGCUUCCGGACUCCUUAACGGAGCUUCGGAGCCUCCAGUGUCUUAACCUCUCCGACAAUGCCUUCGCGGGAAAGCUUCCCAACGCUUUCUCCGACAUGCAAAACCUAACUUCCGCUUCGUUUAAAAACAAUUACUUCUCCGGCUUUCUCCCCACCCAUUUGAGAACGUUGCAGGUUCUCGAUCUCUCCUCCAACCUCUUGAACGGGACCCUCCCCGCGGAUUUCGGCGGCGACGCCUUCCGUUACCUCAACAUCUCCUACAACAGAUUCUCCGGCGACAUCCCGACGGAGUUCGCCGCGAGGAUUCCGGAGAACGCCACCGUGGAUCUCUCCUUCAACAACCUCACCGGCGAGGUGCCUGACUCCGCGGUGUUUUUGAAUCAGAACUCGAAAUCGUUCUCUGGGAACGUUAACCUGUGUGGAGAACCAACCAAGAAUAAUUGUCCUAUUCCUUCUUCUCCGUCGGUGGAACCGAAAGUGUCGUCUCCUAUAUCUCCUCCAGCGAUCGCCGCGAUCCCGAAGACUUUUGAUUCGCCGGCGGGGGAGAAAGAAAGCGGUCUCCGGCGAGGAACGGUGAUAGGAAUCGUGGUGGGAGAUGUGAUCGGCGUUGGAGUGUUGGCGAUGUUGUUUGUGUACGUGUACCGGAUGAAGAAAAAGAAGGACGCGGAGGGUGCGGCGAAGAACGAAGCGAGCGUGAGAAGGAGUGGGAGUGAGAGUUCGUCAACCUCGGAGUCGAGAGGGUUUACGAGGUGGUCGUGUUUGAGGAACAGAGUUGAAGAAGAAGAGGGUUCGGAGACAACAAGGUCUUCGGAGAGUGACGUGGAGGGUGGUGGCACGCAAGAGAACCAGAACCAUAAUAAAGCAGAGGGCAAAACGGGAACUCUUGUGACCGUGGACUGUGAACGACAACUUGAAGUCGAAACGCUGCUGAAGGCUUCGGCGUACAUAUUGGGCGCCACGGGGUCGAGCAUAAUGUACAAGGCUGUGCUGGAAGACGGCACGUCGUUGGCGGUUCGCAGAAUCGGCGAGAGUGGCGUGGAGCGUUUCAAGGACUUCGAAAACCAGGUUCGGGUUAUCGCUAAACUGGUUCACCCUAACCUCGUUCGCGUUCGUGGCUUCUACUGGGGUCACGACGAGAAGCUCAUCAUCUAUGAUUUCGUUCCAAACGGUUGCCUCGCCAAUGUUCGUUACAGGAAGGUGGGGUCCUCGCCGAGUCAUUUACCGUGGGAAAUCCGGCUCAAGAUAGCCAAAGGGGUGGCACGUGGGCUGACUUACCUCCACGAGAAGAAGCACGUGCAUGGAAACUUGAAGCCUAGCAAUAUUCUACUGGGCAACGACAUGGAGCCCAAGAUUGGAGACUUUGGGCUUGAGAGGAUUGUCACGGGUGACACCAGUUAUAAGGCUGGCGGGUCCGCGCGUAUUUUUGGGAGCAAGAGAUCCACGGUGUCCAGAGAUAGUUUCCAAGACGUUACGUUUGGGCCAAGCCCGAGCCCGAGCCCGAGCUCAAUAAGCGGGGUGUCUCCUUACCAUGCUCCCGAGUCGCUCAGGAACCUGAAGCCUCACCCGAAGUGGGAUGUGUACUCCUUCGGGGUCAUGUUUCUGGAGCUGCUAACGGGGAAGAUUGUGGUUUUAGAUGAUAUGGGCCAAGGGCCUGGGCUUUUGGCUGAGGAUAAGAACCGGGCCUUGCGCAUGGUUGAUAUGGCUAUCCGGGCUGACAUGGAGGGUAGGGAGGAGGCCUUGUUGACCUACUUCAAGCUAGGGUAUAGUUGUGUGUCUGGGGUUCCACAGAAAAGGCCUCCAAUGAAAGAGGUGCUACAAGUUCUUGAAAAGAUCUCAUCCUCGUCUUCCUCGUCCUCGUAUUAUUAUAGCGUCUAAACCAUGACACACUGGUUUUGUAGAAAGAAAAGAAGGAGAAAAAAAAAUGUACUUAUGAUUGACUAAUAGGUUUUUGUGUUUGAUUCAAUAUUGUGUGUUGUAAUUGUGCCAAGUCCAUUGACUAUUUCUCUGUUGAUUCAUUUGCUAAUUAAUUUUCAACGAAUAGAUAGAUUCUAUCUUGAUUCCUUUUUCGA